CUUUUUUUUUUACCUAUUUUUCACUCAUUUAUGAUUUAUUUUUAACUAAAAACAUAUUUUUAAUUAGAAUUUUAUAUUUGUACAAUAACAAAAAAAAAAAAAAUAAAAAUAAAAAUAUUUACAACAUUUUUUUAAAUAAUUUGUUUUCUUCACAUCUUUACGAGAUUUAUUUAAUGUAAACCAUUUUUAAAAAUUUAAGUUGACUGUCUGCAUGCCAUUGCUAAUUCCAUCAGAACAAUAACACAGUGAGAAAAGAAGUUCAGUUUUCUUUAAAGUUUUCCCGUCUAUAAUUUUUAAGUAGACUGCCAGUAACACUAGGUUUUUGGGAGUCAAAAUCAAAGAAUAGCAGACUGUAACGGAGAUAGAUGGUUUAGAACAGGAAAUAAAGUGUCAUUAGAAGAACUUUGUUUAGUUUAGACUAUAAUGUGUGUGAAAACAAAUUUAUAUCAAUGAAUUGUAUUAAUUAAAUUAUAAUUAUGCUGUUUUAUUUCACUUGGAAUGGUGAUUCGAUGGGCUAAAGCAUAGGAUUUCAAAUUUAAUAUAAUUGGUUUAAUAAAUGUAUUAUUUGUAGAGGGAAAGAUUUACAAAUCAGUAAGUAUAUAAAUAAUAAUUAUUGCUACAUAAUACAACUUAGUUAAGCAUCAUUAAAAGGAAUAAUUCUGGUUAUUUAUUUUAAAAAUACAUGUCUUCUCAUCAUUAAAAAGGAUGUCGUAUAGUGUGUUUAUUACUAUAUGUUGUAUCACAUAUUUACAUCCAAUAAAGAUACACUUAUUGGAAAUUUUAUUUUUAUUUUGAAAAAAACCUACUAAUAAAUAUACAAUGAGCAAUAAAGUUUAGAAACAUUUUUUUAUACAGCAAACGUUAAAAAUAUUGAAUCAAGAAUUAACCAAAUCACAGUGUCAGUGUUUUAGAGAAUAUAAAAAGUGUAGUUAAGUUAGCACGCCGGGGUUCUUAAAGCUGAAAAACAGAUCCGCUAUAUAGAGUUAGACCCCUUAGGUUUUAUUUAGAGUUUAAUUAAUAAUGACAGUCAUAAUGAUUGUGGUGCUAAAUAAGUCAGUUUACCAUAUUCAUGCUUUAAAUUAAAAAAAAAAUAUAUGACUGUAGUGUUUUUAAUUGGUAAACUAAUUUGUAUUAUUAUUUUACUCAAAUGUGAGUUGACAAGACAAGUCCGGCUCACUACAUAUUUAGUGCCAGGUGUGGGGUCCUGUCAAUUGAAACAUAUUCCGGAAAUGUUUUUUUUUUUAAAACUAAUCCGAAUAAGUAGACUGAGGAUCCUUGACGAACCGGCGUCUCCCAAGUUCAAAACCCAGUUUGUUUCAUCAAAUUGGUUUACAUGUUUGUUGUUCACGUAGCAAGCAAAUGGGUAAGAAUUUUUUUCGAAUGUGUAACUUCGGUCUACACGACGGCAGGUGUGAAUAAAGGAAUUGCAGGGUCCACACAUGUAUACAGCGUAGACAAUGACGCGAGCGAUAACAAGCGCAACGACGAAUGUUCAGACAUACACAUAACCAUAACAACGCGAUCCGAAACAAUAAUUGCCAUACCUAUAAAAGCGGCUGAUGCGAAUAACAAAAACAAGAGAUACCUAAUAAAAGACUUAUAUUGCGCGAGUGUAGUUAGAAAAGUAGAUAAUGGACAUACGCCGUUAGUAUGUGCUAUGAAUGUGGUAAAACAAAAAAUAUAUGCGCGAGAUUUAAAUAAAUUUGGAUACGAAACUGAAUUUAAUUAUCAGGUAUAUAUAGAGAGGAGACAAGAAACUAACAAAGUGCGUGUAGAUGAAAUCACCAGUAUAGUAUGAUGCGAUCAUAUGAAUGCCGAAGAAAUAGAGUCCAUACCUAAUAUACCUGGUGAUUCAUUUAAAUGGGUACACUCAUUAUCUCGGAAAGUAUUAACUUUUUCCGGAAUUUGUUUUCUAGAACAUUUAAGAAACAAGCUCUUCCAUAAUUUUGUAUUUGUGUUAUUUUAGUCACUCUUUUUUUUGGGAUUAAAACAACUACCUACUUUUGAUUUUCAAAUGACAACCUAUAUUAAAUUGUCCAUAAAUAGAUUGAGUAUUAGAUAAAAUAAAUUUUAGUGUUGAAAUGUUUGAUUUCUGUCAAGCCGUUGAUGAGAUAUUCCACUUUUAAUUUUAGGUUGGAGGAGAGUGUUGGUGCAUUGUUAACACGCCAGGCGUCGUACCGCCAUACAAAUGAUACUCCACUACUCUCCUCCAACCAAAACUUAAAAGUUGAAUAUUUCGUCAACAGAUCGACGGAAAUCAAAAAUGUCAACACUAAAAUUUAUUUUAUCUAAUACUCAAUCUGUUUAUGGAAUUUUUAAUAUAGGUUGCUAUUUGAAAAUCAAAAGUAGGUAGUGGUUUUACCACCAAAAAUAAGAGUGACAAAAAAAAAAAAAACACAAAUAUAAAAUUGUGGAGCAGCUUUUUUCUUAAAUGUUCUAGAAAACGAAUUCCGGAAAAAGUUAAUACUUUCCGAGAUAAUGAGUGUACCCACUUAAAUUAAUUACCUGGUAUGCGAGUAUUUUUCACCAGGAGGAUAAUAAACUAAUAUUUACAAAUGCAAUGGAGCAUGAAAUAAAAUUACCUGAAAAGAAACCCCUGACUUAUAGACAACCGUACAGCUUCCCGCAGGCCCAACACAAAGAAAUAAAUAAACAGAUAGAUACAAUGUCGCCAGAUGAUUAAUUAAUCGAGCCAUCGCUUUUUCUAUGGAACGUACCCUUUUUGUUAGUGAGAAAAAAGUUUGAUAGGACAGUUGUUCAAAUAUCCUGAAUAGUAAUGGAUUGCCAUGUGUUGAAUAGGAUAACGAUAAAUUAAUUUCACUACUUACAUAACAUCGAAAUUUUAGACCAGUUGGGGCAAAGCCAAUUGGCCAAUUAUUCAGUGUCAUAGAUCUUGCGUCGGGUUUUUAUCAAACAAUUCCCUUAGACGAAUCGUCACGCGAGUGCGCGGUCUUUUCGAUCUUACAGGGCCAUUAUCAGUUUAAACGGAUGUUAAUGGAGAUGAAAACAUCCCCCGAAACUUUCCAAUGCCUAAUGAACUACGUAUUAACUGGAUUAGUAGGGAUAAAGUGUUUGGUAUAUUUAGAUAUUAUAGGAAAUUUAUCAAGGGAUACAGUGCCAUAGCUAGACUUAUUACGCAAUUUUUGAAAAAAAGAUUGUACAUUUAACUGGAUAAAGAAAUGCCAAGGGUCUUUUGACAUACUUAGGACAGCUUUGUGCACUGAAUUAAGAUUAAAAUAUUCAGAUUUUACGAAAUAAUUUACAUUAAAUACGGAUGUGAGCGGUAAGGCACUCAGUGCAAUUUUAUCACAAGGACUGAGAGGAGCAAAUUUACCGAUAGCAUACGCAUCUCGAAUGGUAUCAACCCGUUCGGUCAUUUCGUAGUUGCAUUUACACUUGGUAAUGCGCUAAGUCUUGACUCGGGUCUGGUGGCAACUCAACAUUCUAAUAAACUAUAUUUGUAAAAUCAUAAUUUCUUUUACAAUAUUCGAACAAGUUUUUAAUAAACACAAUUAGUAUUUAAAUAAUUGUAAAUUCCUACUCAAAGGCUAUAUCCAAAGGACAAGCUACAAUAUUAAGCGUUGUGAGUCAUGUCAAAGAAAUAAGGUUACCAAUAGAAAGGCGUAAACCCAUAGUAAACACAUCGACAAGUACCAAGCCUUUUCAAAAAAAUGUCAUGGUAUAGUGUGGAAAUUGCCUAAUGUUACUAAUGAGCAAUAAUACUGUCGGGUAACAUUUAUGUGUUGACCAUGCAAAACGAUUUAACUAAAAAUUGGUUGUGGGGUCCACUAUACCUAAUUAUCAGGCUAACAUGGUAGGGAAAACAUAGUAAUACAUCACGGAAGGCGAUGACCGACCGUGCAUAAAAGUAAUAUCAAAAAGAAUUUCGAAAACCCGAUUUGAAUAUAAAUGAGGGCCUAUAUGCAAAAACAAAUUUUAGUUUAAUCAUUUAUUAACUAAGACAAAUAUUUUUAAGUUAGGU